AUGAAAAGUCUUCUAUCUCUUCUAUGUUCAUGUGAACGAACCAAUUUCAAACAGACUGAUAAAUUAAAUAAAAAUUCGAAUAAUGAAGAAGAUAAAUUGGAAACCAGGGAUUUUAUUGAAAAUGAAAUACAAGAUUUUCCUCCAAAAAUAACUUGGAAACAUCUUUGGACAUUUGAUGAAACACAAAAUGCAUUAUUAAAAUCACCAUUUAUUAAUAUGCCUACUGAAAUGAUACUUAAAAUAUUUGAAUUACUCUCAGUUCAUGAUCUAGAAAAUGUUUCAUUAGUUUGUCGAUAUUUUAAAAUGAUUGUUGAUCAUGAUAUUAUAUGGAAAACAAAAUGUAAUAUAUCAAAAAAAUUAAAUUCCAAAUCAUAUAAACAAAUUUAUAUUGAUUGGACUUUUAAAAAGUAUCUUCGAAAUCAAGAAUUAGGAAUACUUGAAAAACAAUAUCGAAAAAUGAAUAUAGGUUGUGGAUUGAAAUAUUCAUUUUCUCGAUAUCCUGUUCAAUCAAAAAAUAAUGAAUCAUUUUUACCUAUUCUUGGAUUUAAUCAACAUCCAAAUUCAUCAUCAAAUAUGACUAUUCAAUUAUCAGUUAAUAUAAAUAAAACUGCUCAUGUAUUAAUAUUAUUAUUAGAAAAAGCUUCGAAAUUUCAUAAUAAAUGGUGUAAAUCAGUAAUAUUACAACAAAUGAUUAGACGAUAUUAUCGUUUUAUGCAAUUAAAAGUUUUAUAUCCAACAAAAUUUCUUAUUCCAACAAUUGAUAUUGAAAUCGUUUGGCAAACACAUCUUAUAAGACCUUUAAUAUAUCAAAAUGAUUGUCUUCGAUUAUUUCAUCAAAUUAUUGAUCAUACAUUAUUAUUAAAUUAUACUCAACUAUCUUUUAAAGAACAAGCUUUUUUCGAUACUUGUCAUUUAUAUGAAAAACAUUUUCAUGAACAAUAUUGUACAUUACCAUUAAAUAAAAUAUCUUCAUCUAAUUAUAUUGAUGAAUUUCAAUAUUUAAUUCCAAUUUAUUCUUAUUGGGAUGAAACACAUUUUAAAUUUUCAUUAUAUCCUAUUAAUGAUUAUGAAAAUCCAUUUUCAUUUACAGAAGCUGAUCUUAUUCUUGAUGCAAAUUGGAUAAAUUCAUGUAAAAUUUCUAUGAAUCAUAUCUAUUUCAAAAUAUACAUGGAUUUGUGGAAUAUCGAUCCAUUAAAACCAAUUAAUUUAAAUUCAUCAACAAUGAAACGAUUAAAAAAAUCUUAUGAAAGAUUUUUAUAUAUAGCAGCAAAAUAUCCACCAACUAAACAAUAUGAUUUUAUUCAUCCAACAUAUGCAGUUGAUAUUAUAUGGCAUUGUCAUAUGCAAGAACCUUUAAAAUAUGCUAAUGAUUGUAAUCAUCUUGUUGGUUAUCUUAUUGAUCAUUAUCCAUGGCCAUCAAUCGAUAAAUAUCAAAUAAAACAAUCUUGUCAAAAUCUUAAUCGACAUUGGAAAGAAGAAUUUCAAACUGAUAUAUCAGUAGAUCAUAUUGAAUUGGAUUAA